AACUUCAAUCACAAGUUUCAUGCUACAUACUAUAACCAUAUGCCAGCCCAGAAACACUCCUAAAAAGAAGAGCACUAAUAGUCAAAUCUAGUAGAGAGAAAAAAAAAAGUCCACAUUAUUAUUGUAACACCAAAUUCCAAGUACAGAUAAUGAGGCACCAUAUUCAUUCCUAUAAAAUGGUUCAAUUUAGAAGUUAAGAUACAAAGCACCCUUUAGGACAAUGGCAGCUACAAAGGAGAAAAAAAGUGUUGCCAUAAUUUUUGGGGUCACUGGACUUGUUGGUAGAGAGUUAGCUAAAAAACUACUUUUAGAAUCUUCUUGGAAAGUUUAUGGUAUAGCUAGAAAUCAAGAUACACUACCAAACACCCUUUUAAGCCCUUCUUAUAAUUUCAUUUCUUGUGAUUUGCUUAACCCUUUAGAGACUCAAAAAAAGCUAUCUUCAUUACAAGAUGUCACACAUGUAUUUUGGGUCACAUGGGCUAGUCAAUUUCCAUUAGACACACAAGAAAGUUGUGACCAAAACAAAGCCAUGAUGUCAAAUGCUUUGGAUUCUUUACUCUCAAAUGCUAAGAAUCUAAAGCAUGUUUCACUUCAAACAGGAACAAAACAUUAUGUUUCACUUCAAGCACCUUUUGAUGAACAAAAGAAAUUGUACUAUUACAAAGAAGAAUUUCCAAGAAUGAGUAGUGGCACAAAUUUCUACUAUGCAUUGGAGGAUUUGCUUAUAGAGAAAUUAAAUGGUAAGGUUUAUUGGUCAGUGCAUAGGCCUGGUUUAUUAUUUGGAAAUUCAAUUAGAUCAUUUUACAAUUUUAUGGGUAGUUUAUGUGUUUAUGGGUCUAUUUGUAAAAAAUUAAAGAUCCCUUUUGUGUUUGGAGGGACAAAAGAAUGUUGGGAAGAACCAUACAUUGAUGGGUCAGAUGCUAGGCUUGUAGCUGACCAACAUAUUUGGGCAGCUACAAAAAGUUCUAUAGUUUCAACUAAUGGACAAGCUUUUAAUUCAAUUAAUGGCCCAAGUUUCACUUGGAAGGAAAUUUGGCCAAUUGUUGGGAAAAAACUUGGUGUUCAAGUUCCUCAAGAAAUGGUUGUGGGAAAUUUUUUGUAUUCAAAAGCUAUGUUUGAGAAGCAACAAGUUUGGGAAGAGAUUGUGGAGGAAAAUGGGUUGGUGAAAACAAAAGUUGAAAAUUUAGCUAAUUGGGAAUUUUUAGAUGCUUUAUUUAGAUUCCCUUUUAAACUUAUGGGGAGUAGAGAUAAAGUUGAGGAGUUUGGUUUUGGUGCAAGGUAUAAGACAUUGAAUUCAAUUUUGUAUUGGAUUGAUUGUAUGAGAGAUGAGAAGGUGAUUCCUUAAUUAGAGUCUUAUUGCUACAUUUUUUUCACUACUAUCUAGUUUUACCGGACCUCUUAAUCUGGUUUGGAUCAGUUCUGACAUUAAGUGAUUCAAAUCUCCUUCAAAUAGCAAUUGCGGAAAUUGAACCGUUAUCAUACUUCCAACCUCCUUGUUGCUACAUCUAUUUGACUUCAAUUGGGAGUGUUUGGUAUUAGAAAUUUAUGGAGCACCACAAACAUGGGCUUUUUCUUAAAGAAAUUUAGUGGCAACGUGUUGUUUUCAUGUGCUUGUUAAAGUUUCCCUUUAUUGUUGCUUAGUUUACUGGUUUAUAUUAUAUAAAUAUGGGAUUUUUAAUUUAAUAAUGUAUACCUUCUUUUGCACAUCAUUGUCCCCUUAUAUGUCACUUAUUUAUGGCCACAAGUGGGGAUAUGGCUUUGUCUUCUUCAUUCAAUGGAAAUAACAUAAUGUUUUUUGUGGCCUA